AACGCGCUGUCCGCGCGCGGCAGCGGGCCCUCGCGCCAGUCGCGCUCGCCGUCGCCCGACUCUCCGCCCGCCAAGCGGGCCGCCUCCGCUGACUCGUCCGGCUAUGAAACCGAUACGCCGGACGAGGUGCAGCAGGAGGCGGUCCGCAGGGUAUGCGGCGCGCUCGGCAUGAGGGAGCAGUUCGAGGCGGCGAUGGCGGCGGGCGAGCUGCUCGAGAUGCUCGAGAGCUUGCCGCGAGGGGCGGUCGAGGCCUCUGUCCGACAGAUGCGGGGUUACAACCGCACGGGCGAGUGGCCAGAGCCCAUUCUCACCAGCCCUGCCCCGCAGCGCGGCCGCUCGCCAAGCCCCGUCGAUGAGUGGUCAGAUGGUUAG